UGCAAGAGGUUGGGUGUGGUCCACAGCCUUCUCACCUCUCUCCCACCCACAACCCUAAAACCUUGAUUCCCACGUUUACUUCUUCUCCCACCAUUCGUUCAUCUUCCUCCUCCCUCUUCCUCCUAUGUGCCUGCAACUCUCUUUAUCUAUCUUCUGUCUCUCUCUCUCUCUCUUCUGUGCCAAUUAUUUGGUUUGGGCCUGGAGACAAAGCAAAACAGGGGAGCCAACUCCUUUAAAAGCAAAUUCCUUUGUGUGUCAGAGUUGGUCUUCCAAUUCCAGUGACCUUUUGCGUCCUUCGCGGAUGAUCACACGGCAGUUGGUCCCCUUUGUUUCUCUGUCAGAAAACCAAAUCCUCUUCUCUGACAUUUUUUCACAUUAAAAUCACAAGAACCAAGAAAACCCACCGCCCUUUUGGAUUAUCCAUACUUUCUUCGUUUACGCCGGCGCAGACAUAUACAUACACCUCUCUCUCUCUCUCUCUCGUUCUCUGGUUCUGAUUCUCUCUCUUUCUCGAAGAAGAAGAAUGAAACCUUCAAGAAACCCUAACUCCCUGCCACCCAUGUUCGCGAGGCGCUUCCUCAAGGCCCUCACCACCAUAAACCUCAGCAGGCGGCGCUCUGCCGUCUCCGCGCGCGCCCGGCGGAUCAAACAGGCCGCCGAUGUCUGCUUGGCUUCGGCGGCCGCUGCAUGCAAUGCCAAGAGAGCGUGGAGCAGAGCCGUGCUCAAACGCAGCCGAGCCGUCCUCUGCAGGCAGCGGCGGCGGCAGCUGAGAGAACGACGGCGGAUCAUGGCCGUCCCGAAGAGUGAGAGCUGCCAACAAGGCCGAGCCGAGUUGCUGCGGCAGCUGGUGCCUGGAGGAGUGGGAAUGGAUUUCUGCGGCUUGUUAGAGGAGGCGGCCGAUUAUAUUAAGUCGUUGAAGGCUCAGGUACAGGUCAUGCAGUGCAUCGCCGAUUCGCUUUCCUGCUAAACUCGGUCUCUUCUUUAUACAUAUAAAAGAAGAACAAUCUAUCUGGACAAGAAGACGAAGAAGAAGAAUAAGAAGAAGAGAGGAAAUAAACAUCCAAAUACAUAAGUAUUCAUAGACGUAAAAUGAUAAUCGGGCCUCUCAUCUUUGCUUGUUCCAUGUAAAUUAGUAAUAGUGCGUGAUGGAAACUAUCGCUUGCUCUUUCUCCCUCUCUCUCUCCGCCAUAUUGAUGUCUAUUGAAAAUUAGAUUAUUUGGGUAAUGAUAUUUCUUUGAUUUUAGUAUCAAAA